AUGACGAAUAAAGCUCUUGUUUUCAAGAAAGUCCCCUCGGGCUUCCCUGUUCCUGGGGAACAUCUUGUUGUUGAGCCAGUGGGCGGCGAUGCGAAAGAUGCAGCGCCUCCAAAUGGCCUUGUCCUAAAAUCACUUUAUAGUAGCUUUGACCCUUACAUGCGCCCUCGUAUGCGACCUGCAGAAGUCAAAUCAUAUACGCCGGCCUAUGCACUCAACCAGCCAAUCGACAGUGCAACCAUCGCCAAAGUCCUUCGUUCCAAACAUUCGGGUUUUCGGGAAGGAGAUUUAGUAAUUGGUCACCUCCCUGUUCAAGAAUUUCACACCUUGGAUGGCGGUCAAGCGGCGAAACUUGAACGGCUUGAGAAUCCCCUGGGCAUCGACGACAUCCGUGUGUUUCUAGGGGCUCUCGGUAUGCCAGGCCUUACUGCCUACUCGUCUUUAUUUGAGAUUGGAAAGCCACAGAAGGGAGAGACAAUAUUCGUUUCUGCUGCUAGUGGUGCUGUUGGUCAAUUGGUGGGUCAGCUGGCCAAACAUGAGGGGUUGAAAGUCAUUGGGAGCGUCGGAUCCGACGAGAAGCUCGAUUAUAUCAUCCGCGAGCUCAAAUUCGACGGUGGUUUCAACUACAAGAAAGAAAAGCCCGCAGACGCAUUGGCUCGGCUUGCGCCAGACGGAAUCGAUAUUUACUACGAGAAUGUUGGGGGUGAACACUUGGAAGCGGCCCUCGACGCGCUGAAGGAUUUUGGUCGCGUUGUUGUCUGUGGCAUGAUCUCACAAUAUAACGCCGCGCCAUACCCCAUCAAAAAUAUUAGCAAUGUGCUGUUUAAACGUCUGACAAUGCGAGGCUUUAUUGUUGGCGAUGCUGGUAUGGGCGAUAAGUACACCAAGGAACAUCAGGAUCGUCUUCAGCAUUGGAUCAAAGAUGGGUCAUUCAAGGCUCUUACUCACGACACAGAGGGUAUUGAGAAUGCAGCGGAGGGUCUAGUUGGAAUCUUUCAUGGAAAUAACAUGGGAAAGGCUGUUCUUAAGUUUUGA